AUGACUUGGGCGAAGCCAAUCCUGACCACAUUUAUCUUUCUAGUGGUGGCAGAGGCCGCAACGCCCCCUCCAAACAAUGUUGUGCUGAACGAGAAGAGAAAACACAUCGAAGCGGACACACAUUGGACGGACAAAAAGACAAGGGAGAGAGUAAGUCAUUUCUCCGUCUGUCGAGAAAAUAAUGUGGGAAAAUGAAAUAUCCGUCUGUCGGGAAAAUAAUGUGGACUUGCCAAAGAAAAAAGUUUAUUGCCUCGUCGUUAUCGCGCAUCAAAUUUCCAGCCGCCGCAAAACGAUAAUGGGCGAUUUGAAGGCGCAAAAACCACAUUAUUUUCCCGACGAACUAUAUUUUUUAAACAAACGUGAUCUACAAGGACCACCGACUUUGUGUUCGUAUCUUACAAAAUGUUUUUUUUUGGUGCUCUCAAUCAUUAUGACUACCGUAUUUCUAAUGUAUAGCUCAUUAUCUUACCCUCACAUUUUAGGUCGGUCUAGACGCUUCGGACGCCGAGAAAGUUGUCUUGGACUUGAUCGACCGCCAAAAGCAGCUGUCAGCGUCGGCGCACGGCAACAACGCUGCAGCCCAACUGGAAGGCGGGGAACGUGCGCAAGUCCAACGAUUUGGAGACAAGGGAGGACUGGCGCAGGCGGGAGGUCACAAGUAAGUUGUGUUUGACAGAGAAACCUUCUACAUUAAGAAAUUCAAUGAAACUAUUGUCGUGAUCUUUUUGUAAAAUGGAAGUUCGAAGUUUCUGACAAUGACACAUGGGGUUUUUAGAGUGAACAUGUAAAAUCCGAAGAGAACUAGGGCUUGAAAGACUUGCUUAUUCAAAAUGCAAGCUUACUACAGUGUAGACCUGAAGUAGACCUGACACAGUGGCAAAAAACGCACCAUUUUGCAUCUGGGAGGUAUAAAAAACGUAGCAAAAUACCUCCCUCUCCAAACGAAAAAACUGCGUUUUGAAGAGCGCUUCACAAAAAGAGCGGGAGCGUUUUUGAAAUCGGAGUCUUUUCACUUGGAGAGGGAGGUAUGCUGCUGCAUUUUUGACCGUUCCCGGAUGCAAAAUCACAUUACUAUAGACCGUAUGUUCAUUGUUUCAUCAAGCCGCAACUGUAAAACUCUCUCUCAGCCUUUCAAAAUACGCCGUCUCUUACUUUUCCUUCCACUAACACCCUAAAUUCUUCUUUCCAGAGCUCAACUCCGCCUUCAAAACGAGACCGACCAAGAGCGCCACGCUCUGCUCAAGGCCGACGGCAAAUACGAGCUGGACACGAUCGCUGAGGGCGACUUGAAGGACCCAAAGAAUACAAGAUUCAAAGCCACCAACGACCGCUUCGACUUCAACCUCAAUCCCGACUCUCAGACCAAGAACGACGGCCAGGGAACGCUCAGCUUCAAGGACCGACAGAACCAUACGCAAGGCACGUACGGCUACACGAUCUCGCAGAACGGCAAGAAGACGGACGCCCAGCUGAGCGCGCACGACAUUGGCGGCAGCGAGUUGGAGCAGUCGCUGUUCGGCCGCCGCAGCGACAAGUACCGCUGCUCGGCGGAGACGCCCGGCGUCUCCCAGUGCUACGACGCGCAAGGCCGGAGCGCCGGCAAGGUAGUGGCGGACAAGAAUGGCAACACGGUCGUCUACAACGACAAGGACGUCCCGAUUGGGUCGGGGACGGUGAGGAAGCUGAGCAACACCAGUUAUGAGGCCAUCAUCAGCAAGAACUUGUUCAUCGCGAGGCUCAAGGUGAGAGGGGGAGUUUUUGAAGGGGAGAAAAAGUUUUGGAGUGGAAAAAAUCACUGAAAAAAGGAUCCCAAAGACUACAAAAGAUUUCCAAAAAUGAGUCAAAAAGUAUCCAAAAAAAUGACCCAAAAGGUAUCCAGAAAAUGACUCAAAAGAAAUCCAAAAAUUAGACAAAAAGAGAUCGAAAAAAAUGUCUCGAAAGAGAUCUAAAAGAUGGCUCAAAAUGGAUCCAAAAAAUGACUCCGAAGGUAUCCGAAAGAUAAUUCAAAAGAGAUCCAAAAACCCUCAAAAGGGAUCUAAAAAGAAAUGAAUCAAAACGUAGCCAAAAAGUGACUCAUAACAAAUCUAAAAAAUGAUUCAUAAAAGGGCCAAAAAAUCCCCCAAAAAGUAUCCGAACAACAAUUUUUUCUGCUAAAAUUCAAAAAUGAUGACUAAACCUACAAAUUUCCAGGACGUGCGCCGCUCCGCUUGCUGCCGCGAAAUCUCCGGCCAAGAGUGCGUGGCGCCCAUCAAAUUGGCCAACCCCAAGUUCUCCUCUCCCUACAAUCGAGACGACGAUGGGAACGUGCAGAUCACUUGGCCCGAUUGCUUUGACAUGUCGAUUGAUGUGACCCUGCCGCCCGGCAUCCACAUCAACAAGUUGGCGAUGAAGUUGGACGUGAGCAUUCAGCCGAUCGGCAAGCUGCGUUGUAUGGACGUGGCGACGUGCGGAAGGGAGUGCUAUUACUGCGAUUGGUGCAAGUCGUCGAGGUAGGGAGGAAAUUAGUUCGUGUUGAAGAUGCUUUUGUUGUGAUCGGUCUGAAAGAAAGACCGAUCACAACCCCGCCGUACCGUAUUUUACCCUCAACUUUGCUUUGAGUUGUUUCGUAAAUUAAAAAAAAACCCUUUUCAGGAAGCUCGAACUCCUCAAAAACACCGACGGAAAUCUUUGCCGCGCCACCGAAGAGAGGACCUACAGACUCACGGUGAAAUUGUGUCCUCCACCAGAAGAUCCCGAAUUCACAAUGUGUUCCGCAUUCUCCAAAAGCAUUUGGCAAAAGGAUUAUUGGCAAAAACAAGGGGCAGUUGAUGUCUGGAUGAAGUUCUACGAACGUGGGCAGAGGAGAGAGGAGGUAAGGAAGUGAAGUUGUAAACUACCAAAAAUCGACCAAAAUUUUUUUUUGACAGAAAUCGACCAAAAAAAUUUUUAUUGACGAAAAUCGACCAAAAAGAUUUUUUAACAAAAAUCGACCAAAAAAUUUUUUCUGCCAAAAGAUCGAUCAAAGUUUUUUUCUUUAAAAAAUCGACCAAAAAUUUUUUUUGUCAGAAACCGACCAGAAUUUUUUUAUUGGUGCAAAUCGACCAAUUUUUUAACAAAAAAAAAAUUUAUUCGAUCUCUGUUGAUUUGUUGUGCAGAGGUUUUACUCUAUCUUUUUUUGAAUUUUACCUUUAUCCUCACAUCAGAACGUAUUUUACAAACUAUUUUCAGCUGGAAAAGGCCUUCUUCUCCGAGCUGGACAACCCUCUUCUUGGGAAGGCCUUCAAAUUGGCGAUGAUUGGCGAAUGGUUGGCUGCCAAUGGACUUGAUGUAAGUAAUCUUGAAAUAUUAUGGCUCCAAAAAAAUGAGGAAAUUGCAAAUUUCCUCAUUUUUUAAAUCGACUAUAUAAACUAUUAAAUUUACUCUAUUUUUCAGCAAGGAUCUUACACCCCGACCAACUCCGAACUCCUCGAAUAUUGGGUGUCCAAACGUGAGCCCGACCGUCUCCUCACUUGUGAACACGCGGUUAUUGACUAUGAAAUUGAGGGAGCCAAAGUGAAGACUAAUGUAUUGUUUGAAGCGGCUACCACAGCUAAUUCGGUAAGCAAAAAUCGAUUUUUUAUCAAAAAAAUUUUUUGGCAAGAAAACAAAAAGCAAGUUUUUCAACAAAAAAACAAUAUUUUUUGAUCAAAAAAGCUCUCUUUUCGAAUAAAAAAAUCCAUAAAGAAAAACGGUUCUUUCAACAAAAAAUCAGCAAUUUUUUCAACUAAACACAUCAAAGUUUUCGACCAAAAAACCUCUGUUGUAGACGAAAAUGAAAUGGCCUAAAUUUAGCAAAAAAGAAGUUUUCGACAAAAAAUCUCCGUUUUGGACGAAAAAAAAAUCCACCAAAAAAUCAACUUUUUCAACCAAAAAAUCCAAAUUUUCGAACAAAAAUCAACUUUUUCAACCAAGAAUCAAACCUUUUUUAUUCAAAGCUCAAUUAUUCCCUAAAUCCUUCCUUUCUUCAGAUCCCCAACAUUUUCAAAGACAAAAAAUGCGCCGCCUUCGAGAAGUUGCAAGAACAGCGGUUCCAGCAGGAAGUUCAGAACUACAAGAAGAGCGGAGCCAAAGGAAACAUCUUGAGCGGGCUGGGGAACCUCUUCCAGGGAUAG